AAAAAGCCACGUGUCUAUAUUCUGAACUUUUUUUUCACCUUGAGAGAGAGAGAUACUGGUGCCAGCUAUGUAAGUAUAUUGCUGCCGCUAUCUCUUCCCUCUCUCCGCACUCACUCUUCAUCGUUUUUAGGAAUAUCACGAUUUUCGUUUCGCCAAUUCGUGAAAUCGAAAGAUUCCCACAGAAUUGUACGAAUUAUUGUUCAUUUUUUUGUCUCUACUGUCGUGCUCCAACUUGGUAAACUAGAAGUUCAUUUAUUGUUUUCAUUCUUCAAUGGGGGAUGCUGAGAAUGCCCUUCCACCUACAAAGAAAAGGGCUGCUGGAAGGGAGCUCACUCGAGACACUCCCAUUGAUGAUGAGGAAGAUGCCCCCGAGCUUGAGACUGGCACUUUCAAGAGAGCCAGUGAAGAGGUUCUGGCAACCAGAAGGAUGGUCACAAUUCGUCGCAAACAGACUAAUUCUGCUCCUUCUGCAAAUCCUUUUGCUGGAAUACGCCUGGUUGCUCCCACUGAAUCAUGUGAUGAUCCUGCUGAGAUUACUACUGAAGUACAAUCAGCUGGUGAGAACGCUGUUUCACAUGAUUCAAAAAGUGGUGAAGGUAUAGCUAAGGAUUCCAAGAAAGCUGAAGAUGGGAAAACUAAGCAGUCAGAGUUCAAAUCUGAUGAGGCAGAGGAUAAACCUACUGAAGGUAAGGAUGCUGCAGAAGAAAGCAAUGCAAACAAAGAGCAUACUGAAGAAAAGGAAAGUUUUGAUGACAAAUCUGAGGUAGAUAAAGAACAAAAAAAGGAUGUCACUGAAAGUGGAAAUGAGGCUAAGAAGGAUGCUACACACAACGAGAGUGCCAGCAAGUUAGAUAAAGAACAAACUGGGGAUGGCAAGGAUUCUGAAAACGAUGAUGAUAAGAAUGAGAACACUGACAAUGUGGAUAAGAAGGACAGCAAAGCUGAAAGUGCAGAGCCAAGUGCUGAAGGUGGCCAUUUGAAGUCAUUUCAACUGCUCUCAAGUAGCCAAAAUGCCUUUACAGGUCUUGCUGGUACUGGAUUUUCUAAUUCCUCAUUUUCCUUUGGUUCCAUUUCAAAUGAAGGGUCUGGUUCUAUUUUUGGACUGAAAAGUGAUAAGCCUUUUGGUCUUGGUUUAUCUAACAAUGGAAGUUCUCUUUUGGGGGCAUCUGGGGCCUCUGCUAUUUCUAAGAAUGAGGGAAGUGGUUUAGCAAUGCAGGAGGUUAUAGUUGAAACCGGGGAGGAAAAUGAGAAAGUGGUUUUUAAUGCAGACUCAGUAUUGUUUGAGUUUGCUGAUGGAAGUUGGAAGGAACGUGGAAAGGGAGAACUGAAGGUUAAUGUUGCCAGUGAAACCAAAAAAGCCAGACUUCUUAUGAGGUCAAAGGGAAAUUAUAGAUUGAUUUUGAAUGCACGACUUUACCCUGAUAUGAAGCUCACAAAUAUGGACAAGAAGGGUGUUACUUUUGCCUGCCUCAAUAGUGCCAGCGAAGGGAAAGGUGGUCUUUCAACAUUUGCCUUGAAGUUCAAGGAUGGCUCCAUAGUGGAGGAAUUUAAAGCCGCUGUUAUGGAACACAAAGGUGAGACAUCCACAGUUCUUAAGACCCCUGAAAAUUCUCCAAAGGCUUCUGAUGAUUGAUAGACACUCCUUACUCAUGCCUCAUAAAGUCUGUCUUCACAAAGAUAAUUUGCUAUUCUGAGUUCGUUUGCCCUUGUGUGGCAUAGUCUAUUAUAGUCAAAUUAGUGUACUUGAAUUUGAGUCAAGUCUCCAACUGAUAAUGGAACUUAAUUUUGGAUUUAGACUCUACACAGUUUUAACGCUUGAACCCUGAAACGUUCAAUAGUGCUGUUAUUUCUUGAGCCUGGAAUUUUGUCAAAUUUCAAAAUGACAUAUAUUGAACUUUGCUAUUGUGAUGUUACCGUGACAAGAUCACUUUUUAAUUGAAAUAAAAACUACUUUAUUUUA